CGAACCCGCCCAUUAAAUAUGAAAACGAAACAAAAUGCGGAUUGUGUUCUGUAAAGGAUUUAGGCAAAUUAAAUUAUAUUCGGUCUGCACCUAUUAUAUCCGCGACAAGAUCAACUGUAACAAACAAAUUUCAUAUACUGUGUAAAAUUGUGCGCGAUUAAGCAAACCGUGUGUCAACAAUGGAUACUGAAUUCCGGAAUUGGAUAAAGGCGUGUUUGGCCAUAAAAAUUGUAAGAGAUGGGUUGGUUCCACUUGUGAAAAAAUACAGUGACGAACAUUACACAAAUAACACACUUGAAAUUGUCAAAGUAUGUGGGAUACCCACAUAUUUGUGUAAAAAGUGCGACAUUACUGAACUUGAACCAUACCACAAAACAUCCAAGAUAAGAUGUAAAUUCAGAAAAUGCGGUUGCAAAAACAAUACUAUGAAAAAAUGCCAGGAAAAUCGUGCAUGCGGAGUUGUAUAUGAUCAAAUUCAAUCUGCACACAUUAGAAAUGAUCCAAGUUGGUCAAACACAAAUUGUGACAAGUGGUCAAGUAGUUCAUGGGAACAGAUGAAAUGUUACAUCUUCACCCCUGGUUACAAACAGAAAACGGAUAUAUCGUGUGCUGAUGCGACAGCUCUUAUUCAGAUUUGCCUUAACUACAGACCUCUGAGAACCAUAUUCAACCUGAAUGUAGUAGAUCUUGAAGAGGUACUGAGGUGCAGAAAUGACAUUUACCAUUCAAGCACUUUGAAAGUGUCAAACGGGGACCUGAACUAUUUUUUGUCUACUAUGAAAACGUUUUUAAAGUUAAAUGUGUUUCAAGACUUCAAAGAUGAAGUAGAACGCAACUUAGAGAUACUAGGCAAAUUGGAAAAUGACAAGUUUGAAGUAUCUAAAGAAAAUGAACUAGACGCAAGAAAGGAUGCAAUGAGUGGAAUUCAAGAAUCUAUAGCAGAAAUGCUUGAAAACCAAAAACAAGUUGGCCAAAACAUCGAGGUUCUUACAUCAGUAAAUGAUAGUCAUAUGCAGGAGGUUCAGAAUUGUAUGAGACAAAUUAAGGAGCAAUAUGAAAUAAUAAGCACAGAACAGUGUUCACAACAUCGAGAAAUAAGAAAACAAAUAUCAGAUCAAACACAAAAUCUAGAAGAAAUAAGUGAGAAACAAGUUUUACUAGGUGCGUCGAUGUCUGAUCUGGAAACCAAUAUGAAAAAAUGGAUACAGGAAUUGCUUGCAAAGAUGGAUCAUGUCUUGGCCGUAGUUGAAAAACAAAAUCCUGACAAGGAAAUCGCUUUGACAGCAGAUGCCAUCUCCAUGCUUAACGUUUUGCCGAAAAAUACGGAAGAAGCGAACCAUGUUUCAAAAGUCAUGUGCUCAGCUUUUAAUGGGAUAAUUAACAACAUAACCGUGGAGUCAGAAAUUGAUCUGCAUCAACAUGUUAAAGAUGUUGUCGAUGUUCUUCAAAAGGGUGACUGCCGUUAA